AUGCUCAAGGAAAAGUGCAACUCUAUGUUCUGCACGAAGUCUGGCCAGACUUCCAAACCAAAGUUGACAAAUGGGGAUAUUCUCACCGCGCUUAUUUGGAUCUCCGUCACCAGAGCAAAGCAAGCAUCAUCGCCAACCAUACCCAAAGGCACCCUUUCCACAUUGUCUUGUCUCGUCGAAAUUCGCUCUAUCCUUUACCCCAAGCUAGGCACCUAUAUAGGAAACGCAAUGAUGACCACCCAAUGCGUACUGCCUACUCAGUCCACUUCACGCAAGACCACAGACCCCAUCGCCGACAUCUCAUUCAUUCAUGAAGUUGCCUUAGAAAUCAGAAACGAGAUCCGAAGCAUCACCACCGAGCAAGCCACCCGCUACGUCUCCCACAUCAACACCUUGGAUGAUUGGAGUUCGUUCCAGGCUCAAUGGGCCGAGCUAUUCUCUGCCGAUCCUGAUAACCGGCUCUACCAGCUAAGCGGCUACACCACUGAGUCUGAGCCCUCCACCGGCUGGGUCGACGUCACCCUGGAUUAUAGUAACCUUACUUCGUACAAGAUCAUUCCUGAUGCGCCCAUCGAGCAGGUGAUGAAAUAA